AGAGUUAACCAGCAUCUUCACUCCUUCACACUGGUAAACUCUGGAACAAUCUUCCUUCUUCUGUAUUUCCUUCUGCCUACGACUUGAACUCUUUCAAGAGGAGGGUAUCAGGACACCUCCCUCCCGAAAUUGACCUCUCUUUCGGCCACUCCUCUAACUCUUUUUAGGAGCAGUGAGUAGCGGGCUUUUUUUUUUUACAUUUUUUACCUUUUUUUAUGCCCUUGAAGUGACUCCUCUGCUGUAAAAAAAAAGUCAAUAGUUUCCGCCGUCUAAUUGCUAGCAAUUUAUAUUUCCUUCAUGUUAAAAUUCCCCCCAGAAUCAUAAAAUUUCCCCCAGGGGGAUAUUUCCCCCAGGUUGGGAAGUGCUGAACUAGAGUGUAUAGCGAACUUAUUUAUAGCGGAGUUUUAACAUAGUAGGAUAAACAAAUAAUAGACAAGCUAGAGUAUAUAGCAAAUUUAUUUAUAAUGAAACUUUAACAUAGUGACAUCUGUAGGAUACGUGUAACAGGCUCACUGGAGUGUGUGGCGAACAAUGCUGUGGUGAAGUUUUAACAUAGUGACACACGUAGGACAGGUGUGAGCCAAAAGAAAAUCAUCGCACUCAAACUAAAAAAAAAACAAAGCUGACUGAAUUAAGAAAAAAAUCCACUAAGACGAACACUUGGCAGGAAUGAUCAUGGAGGGAAAACACGCAGCAGGCUGAGAGUGAACACUGGCACCAGAAAUAUGAAGCAAAAAACUGAAAAAGUAAAGCAAAAAACUAAAAUAAGAAAAGAAAUUGUUGAAACAACAAAACUCGCUUAGAAAUAUAAUCCAUGUUCACUCCUUUCCUCCUCCUCCCCCUUCUCUUCCUCUUCCCCGUAUCCUCCUCCUCUUUUUCUUCCUCUUCCUUCUCCUCUUCCUCCUCCUCCUCUUCCUCCUCCUCCUCCUCUUCCUCCUCCUCCUCCUCUUCCUCCUCCUCCGCGCCAUCACCAUAAACAACAAACAAAUAAACAACAAAACAAUAAAAUAUAAAUUAGUGAUUGGAGCCAUUUGGAAACUUUAUGGUCCAGGAAAAUGUACUUGUGUGUGUGUGUGUGUGUGUGUGUGUGUUUGUGUGUGUGUGUGGCACGGUGCUGCCCCCUGGUUGUCUGGAGGGCACGGUGCUGCCCCCUGGUUGUCUGGAGGGCUUGGUGCUGCCCCCUGCUUGUCUGGAGGGCACGGUGCUGCCCUCUGCUUGUCUGGAGGGCACGGUGCUGCCCCCUGCUUGUCUGGAGGGCACGGUGCUGCCCCCUGCUUGUCUGGAGGGCACGGUGUUGCCCCCUGCUUGUCUGCAGGGCACGGUGCUGCCCCCUGGUUGUCUGGAGGGCACGGUGCUGCCCCCUGCUUGUCUGGAGGGCACGGUGCUGCCCCCUGCUUGUCUGGAGGGCACGGUGCUGCCCCCUGCUUGUCUGGAGGGCACGGUGCUGCCCCCUGGUUGUCUGGAGGGCACGGUGCUGCCCCCUGGUUGUCUGGAGGGCACGGUGCUGCCCCCUGCUUGUCUGGAGGGCACGGUGCUGCCCCAUGCUUGUCUGGAGGGCACGGUGCUGCCCCCUGCUUGGCUGGAGGGCACUGUGCUGCCGCCUGGUUGCCCUCAUCCUGCAGUGCUUACCCCUGCGUGGCGUGCUGGCCUGGGUGCAGCAGCGGCCGUGGCCUCGUGCGUCGGGAGCAGGGUCUCACGCACGACCUCAGCCCUCUGUAAUUCCUGAGGGUGUGCCCAUGGGUGCUCGCCUCGGUGUGAGGUAAGCAUCAUCAUCGGAGUCUAAGUUUUCGGCCUCGUGGCUGGGUCGGUGCCCUGAGGGUGUGCCCGGGGGGCCUCGCCUCGGUGUGAGGUAAGCAUCAUCAUCGGAGUCUAAGUUUUCGGCCUUGUCGCUGGGUGGAUGCUCGGAGAUAUUCUCGUAGAUUGGAGGCUCGGAGACAUUCUCGUAGAUUGGAGGCCAGGGAUCUCCUCGUAGAUUGGAGGCUCGGGGAUCUGCUGGCAGAUUAGAGGGUCGGGGAACUCGUCGUAGAUGUGCUCCUCGUCGUCGUCGAAGAUGUGCUCCUGCUGCCGCGGCGCCACGCGCGGGAGCACGGUGGGGCCCGUGGGCGGCUCCACGUGGCUGUCGCUGACCGCUUCCUCGCCACCGACGCGCCAGGAGGCGGCCAGUCCACGCCGCGUCGGCACGCGGGGCACUGCGGGAAGAAUGUGACCAUUACCACGAUGACGACGACGUCCGUCACGAAGGGGGGGAGAGAGAGAGAGAGAGAGAGAGAGAGAGAGAGAGAGAGAGAGAGGUAAAGAAAAAAAAAGGAUGUAUUGGAGGAGAUAAUGGAGGUCUGAGCGUAUGUGAUAUGAAGUUAAGAUUGUCCCUCCUCCUUCUCAUCCUACUACUCCUCCUUAUCCUCCUCCUCCUACUCCUUCUCCUUAAUCGUAUAUUCCCAAAAGUUGUUUAUAGUGGAAUACUUAGAUGUGCAUUCUUUUUGUUUGUUUGUCUGGUCGACGUGUUUGCUGUUUUUUUGGGGGGGGGUUUUCUCUUCUCUUAAUUUGGCGUUUCAUGUUUAUUUUGUCUGUCUGUUUCGGGCCUCAGUUGUCAGUCUCUUUCCGUCCCUUACCGUCAGCAGGUAUUCCUAAACUCCCUUCCGUCUCCACAUAAAAGAACUGCACGCCAUGUUCAGUUGUCAGUCUCUUUCCGUGACUUACCGUAAGCAGGUAUUCCUAAACUCACUUCCGUCUUCACAUAAAAGAACUGCACGCCCUGUUCAGUUGUCAGUCUCUUUCCGUCCCUUACCGUCAGCAGGUAUUCCUAAACUCCCUUCCGUCUCCACAUAAAAGAACUGCACGCCCUGUUCAGUUAAUUAAUCUGUUACAAUGUAUUCCUAAACUCCCUUCCGUCUUCACAUAAAAGAAUUGCACGCCAUGUUCAGUUAAUUAAUCUGCUGCAAUGUAUUCCUAAACUCCGUAAAUGCUUCAGGGGGUCGGCGCGGCAGCACACACACAUUUGACACGCUUCUUGAAGGAGUUUUGGGCAUUUCCAGGGGUUGUUUAAUGACCCUGGUGGUAGUGUGACCCUUCUUCUAUGCUAUGAGUGUGAAAAAAAAACACUCAUGAAAACCCGUUUGAUCUCCUUUUUGACCUUUGUAAAUAGUUGACGUGAGAGUUGGGCACGUCUGGGGAGGAGGAGGAGGAGGAGGAGGA